UAACCGGCCGCCGCCGCCGCAUCCCGCGCGGACCGAAGCUGAGCUGGAGGCUCGGACCCGCGGCCGACGCCGGGCGCCCCGCCUCCCUGCACGCCAUGGCCGCGUCGCGCUCUCUGGCGGCCGCCGCGCCCUCGUCCGGGAAAGCCAAGCUGACGCACCCGGGGAAGGCGAUCCUGGCAGGCGGCCUGGCGGGCGGCAUCGAAAUCUGCAUCACCUUCCCCACCGAGUACGUGAAGACGCAGCUGCAGCUGGACGAGCGCUCGCACCCGCCGCGGUACCGGGGCAUCGGGGACUGCGUGCGCCAGACGGUCCGCAGCCAUGGAGUCCUCGGCCUCUACCGAGGCCUCAGCUCCUUGCUCUAUGGUUCCAUCCCCAAGGCAGCCGUCAGGUUUGGGAUGUUCGAGUUCCUCAGCAACCACAUGCGGGAUGCCCAGGGCCGGCUGGACAGCACGCGCGGGCUGCUGUGCGGCCUGGGUGCUGGAGUGGCAGAGGCUGUAGUGGUCGUGUGCCCCAUGGAGACCGUCAAGGUGAAAUUCAUUCAUGACCAGACCUCUUCCAACCCCAAGUACAGAGGAUUUUUCCACGGGGUCAGGGAGAUUGUUCGGGAACAAGGGCUGAAGGGGACUUAUCAGGGCCUCACAGCCACGGUGCUGAAGCAGGGAUCCAACCAAGCCAUCCGCUUCUUUGUCAUGACCUCCCUGCGCAACUGGUACCGAGGAGAUAACCCCAACAAGCCAAUGAACCCACUGAUCACCGGGGUGUUUGGAGCUGUCGCAGGUGCCGCCAGUGUCUUUGGGAACACACCUUUGGAUGUGAUCAAGACCCGGAUGCAGGGCCUGGAGGCACACAGAUACCGGAACACAUGGGACUGUGGCUUGCAGAUCCUGAGGAAUGAGGGACUCAAAGCAUUCUACAAGGGCACUGUCCCCCGCCUGGGCCGGGUCUGCCUUGACGUGGCCAUCGUGUUCAUCAUCUAUGAUGAGGUGGUAAAGCUGCUCAACAAAGUAUGGAAGACAGACUGAACCCAAGGGUCUGCCUGGGGGUGCUUCCCGACCAGCCCCCACUGCCCUCUUCUCACAAUUCCAGUGCAGUCGUGCCAAGAGGCCCCCUUCCCCUGUCGCUUGCACCCUGUCACCUGGGUCUGUCCCCUGUGGCCAUUGAGUCCAUGUGUCCUGUAGUGCCAUGUGUCCCCUUGGUCUCUAUGACAUAUCACCAUAGUGUCCAGCUAAGGCUGGGUGUCCCUCUGGCCUGUGGAUCUGUGCCCACUUGUCCAUGUGCUUACUCAUGAGCAGUGUACCUGUGUUUGGCGUUCUGUAUCAUGUGACUAUGUUCUGCUUCCCGGGGUGCUUGUGUGGCCUGGGUCCACGGCCCUGUAGCCAUGGCCCCAUCCCAGCCCGGUGCCUUCCACCCUGGGCAUCGGGGCACCUGCCCCGGCCUACCAUAGCUGCCUCUGGGCCUCAGCCCGGCCUCACCCCAUUCCAGGGACUAUGUGCCCCCCUUUGUCCCCUCCCCCACCACUUCUCCUGCCAUUGGCCUUAACUGGCCUUCGGGCCCUUCCUCAACCCACAAAAGAGUGGCAUUUGCCACUCUCAGGACCACCCUCCCAAGACAGAAUAAACUGGAUCCUGUCACAGCCUCCUGUCCUUAUGUGGGCCCAUCUGGGUGGGCAGUGAUGGCCACACUUUCACAUAAAGCAGAUCUGAUCCUCACCUGAAGAUACUGACAGGGAGCCAGGGGGGCAGGUAAGCAGUCUGGUGGGUGAGUCAGCUGUGGCCAGAAUCAGUCCCCCAACUCCACCCCCACCCCCCCAGAGACCCAGAACCAGGCUAAGGAGGUAUGUGGGCUCCAUCCAUGCUUCACCUGUGACCUCUGGGCAAGACCUGGCAUGCACCAAGAUCAGCUGACAGGCAGUACUGAGUGGGCAGAGUGGAGAACAGCCUCAUUGUUCCUCUGUGCUGUGGUUUGCUUUAGAGGAAAUGUUUAGAGCUCAAAACUGCAAGGUGGGGCACCUAGCUUCUAGUCCUCUAAGGCUCUCAGCAGAGGGGUCCUUACUUAUUCCUUCACCCAAACUGGGAGGCAGCUUCCCUGGAGCUGCCUGACCAGGCUGGCUCUAGGAACUACUGGGCACCUUACUCCAUAGGCCUAAAUCUCAGAGGAAAGGUAUCCCUCCGACUGGAGUCCCCCAGGACAAGCUGGGCAUGGAGCCCUCAGAGCCCUGGGCCCCCCGCAACCCCAUGUUUGGGCCUGGGAGCCAUAACACAUGAACCAAGUGGAGGAGAACCACAGUCAGAACAGGAUCUGGCUGUGCGGGGGCAGAAGGAACCUUCCUGUCCAAGUAACUCUGAGUAAAAGUCAUGCAAAGAUUGGGCUCAGACCGGGAAGUAGCAUGCCAGCAAAAGCUUCCCCUGGGCAAGUCCCAUCCUUGGAGCUGCUCCUUUUGGGGGAAAGGGCCCCACCAAGGACCUCAAGCAGCACCAGAUCCCUGGAGUGUAGUAGUACAGGGAGGCUGAGGCAGUUCUGAGAACUAAGUGUGGACUUGAGAGGAGAAUACAGGUUUUUGAAAGCUCUUUGGGGAUAGCCCCUCUACUGGGCCACAUGCUCUUCGUAUGGGGGACUUAGCAGUGGAUAAGGUAAGAUAAGGUCCAGGCAGUAAACCCUGCGUAGUCCAUUUGGCCUAAACACCAGGCUACCAGUUUUGAGCCUCACAAGUUUCACUGUGGGGGUGAAAGUCCAUGAUGGGCAGCACAGGCUACUGAAGUUGGAGGGUUAUAGGCUCACCUGAAGCCUGACCUAAGGUGCAGCAUGUGAGAGCUGGAGAUUAAAAUACCAGCUUUCCCAUUUGCUCACUGUGACCUUCGACAAAUCACCUGUGCUCAAUUUCCUAAUCUCUGAAAUGGUGGCACAAGUGACCCCGAUGGAUUAUAAAGAUGAAAUUACGCAAUUCCUAUAAGGUGCUUAGAACAAUACUUAACAGUAAUUAAGCCCUCAAAGGAUGUUGCAGUCUCCAAAAUUCCAGGUAGUUCUGAGGCUGGCAAAACCUGGCAGCUGGCUCAGGCAUACUCACCCCUAGGGGUGCCAGCCACUCACUGCACACCUGCAACCCAGAGUCCUGUUUCCACCUCCCUUCACAGGAAGGACCUGAGGCUGUACUGGGCUGAGAGCCGGCUUGUGGACUUGUGCCAGGAGAAAUAUAGCUCCCAUUCUCCCCAGGAUGGGUGGGGACCUUGCCUUAACUCCAGGGUCCCUCCAGGACUCUACUGUGUUGUGUAGCACAGCAUGGACAGCAGGUAGCUCAGGCGCAAAUGUUGAUUGAGCUGCAUCUGAGUACCCAGGGGCAGUGAGCACAGAAGAGCCGCUUGAACUGGUGGAGUGCCCACUGUUCAUGUCUAAGCAGCCUCAGUUCUUGGAGCUGAAACCUGAGGGAAGGGAGCUGGAAGGGGAGUGAGGGGUGUCCGUCCUGUACAGGGAAGAGUGCCCAGUCUGGGCUGAGAAAAGGCCAACAAGGCUGAAGGGAAAUGAGCAGGCAGAGAGUGGAUGAAUAGGCAGGGUCCUGGAGGGAGUCCAAAUACAUUUUUUUUAACUU